CAUCACUAUACCCUUUGCUCCAUUUGGCUCUUCCCUCUGCGCAGUCUUUAGGAGCCCCAGCACCACUAGACCCACAGCUACAACUUCCCUCGUCGAUGACUACUUCCUUACCCCUAUGUUUCUUUCUAUUUAGAAAGUGAUGGCUUGCUCACUAUCGUUUCUUGAUAUAUUAUAUUCAAGGGACUAGCAUGUAUUCUGUAGCUCUUUUUGGUCAAAGAGUUAUUCAAAGAUUCUCAUAUUUUAGCAGCUUUCCACGGUUUAUAUGUAAUCAACAAUCUGACGCUGAUGGCACUGGAAAUGGGUUUGGAAGAAUCGAAGAUUACUUGAAUGAGAGCUGGAAGAGUAUGAACUUCGAUAAUAAUAUGAAAGAUAAGACUGAGGAGUCAGUUGACUUUAUUGGAAUCAACGGCUGCUAUGAAAGCCAUUUCCGUCAAAAAUUUUCAAGUCGGCACAGCUUUAUUGAGAAAGUGAGAAAUGAGGCUAGUAUGAUUCUUGAAAUUCUUCAACAAGAUGGUCCAGGAUUUGAUGCAAAAGAAGCUUUAGAUAGUUCACAUAUUGCAGUUUCAAGCCUGCUUGUGAGAGAAGUUCUUCUAGGUAUCUUGAGAACAAUAAAUUAUGCGACUAAAAAUAGGUGUGCAAAGCUGGGUUACAAGUUUUUUGUAUGGUCCGGUCAACAAGAAAAUUACCAGCAUACGGCAAAUUCAUACCAUCUGAUAAUGAAGAUAUUUGCAGAGUCUGAGGAAUUCAAGGCUAUGUGGAGAUUAGUAGAUGAGAUGAUUGAGAAAGGAUACCCUACAACUGCUAGGACAUUUAAUUUGUUGAUAUGUACUUGCGGAGAGGCAGGUUUGGCUAGAAAAGUAGUAGAGAGGUUUAUAAAGUCAAAGACAUUCAAUUAUAGACCAUUCAGGCAUUCAUUUAAUGCAAUCUUACAUUCCCUUCUGGGUGUACAUCAGUACAGGUUAAUUGAGUGGGUGUAUCAGCAAAUGUUGGUGGAAGGUCAUCUUCCUGAUAUUUUAACUUAUAACAUACUGCUAUGCUCGAAAUAUAGGCUGGGAAAGCUGGAUCAGUUUCAUAGAUUAUUAGAUGAAAUGGGUCGGAGUGGAUUUUCACCCGAUUUUCAUACAUUUAACAUUCUGCUUCAUGUUCUUGGUAAAGGAGACAAACCGCUAGCAGCAGUCAACCUUCUAAACCACAUGAAAGAAGUUGGUUGUGAACCAAACAUUCUCCAUUUUACUACUUUGAUCGAUGGGCUAAGUCGGGCGGGUAAUUUGGAUGCAUGCAAAUACUUCUUUGAUGAGCUGAUUAGGCAGGGCUGUGUGCCUGAUGUUGUGUGUUACACUGUUAUGAUAACAGGAUAUGUUGUGGCUGGGGAACUUGAUAAAGCUCAGGAAUUAUUUACUGACAUGAUCGCCAAUGGGCAGUUGCCAAACGUGUUUACUUACAAUGCCAUGAUUCGUGGGCUCUGUAUGGCUGAGAAAUUUGACGAGGCAUGCAUGGUGGUGAAAGAAAUGGAAUCGAGGGGUUGUAAUCCAAAUUUUAUGGUGUAUAGUACUUUAGUCAGUUACUUGAAAAAUGCUGGAAAGCUGUCCAAAGCUCAUGAAGUAAUAAGACAUAUGGUGGAUAAAGGGCAGUAUAUCCAUCUCGUUCCAAAGUUCAAAAGAUAUAGAAGAUGUUAAAGAGGUAAUAUUGCCGCUGUUGGUGCGCUUGCAAUUUGACUGGUGUCACGAGUUCACAGGUCCAUCUCUCUACCAUCGGCUGCAAAAAGCAGCGAUCAAAGGAAAAGGCAACAUGGCACGGACAUUAUUGCAACAUACGUCUUUGAGGACAUGAUUCUAGUUGAGUGGUAGCGUUUCUUGCGUGCUUGGUGCUGAAUUGAAGUUUCUUGCUCGUAGAACCCGUUGAUGGUUCUUUGGAUGAGACAUGGCAAGGAAUAAGAAGGGUUGAAGAUAACCUGCAAGCAUUGUUCAAUAAGGACUCACUGGAUAAGCAGCUGAUUUUGACAUAAAGCAAAGAGAGCGAAGCCACGAGCAGUUAGACAUAGCUCACUCUUUACCCUAAAUCCCAUGGAUUCCAGCUUGCAAGCAGCCGCUUCUGAACAUCAAGAGCAUCUAUACUCCUGCUUAUUCCAUACACUAGAUGAAGUGGGAAGUGCUCUAGAUAAGAGAAAAAAUAAUCACUUAACCAUGAGAGACCAGUGUUCAAAUUCCAGCUGUGACAAAAAACCGCUACGUGACUUCUCCUCAUCUGUCUAAGCCUUGGAGGGCAGCGUUAUUCGGUACCUCUGCUGGCGGGAGGUAGCUGGUGGAAUACUCCAGCUGUCAAGAUGCACAAGCUGGCCUGAACACCAUCAUUAUCAAGACAAAAGGUAAAAAAGAAAA